AUGGGCCAAAUGUGCAGUUGGUUAUACUGCCCUUGCAGCACUACCUGUCCUUGUUGCACCUACGAUUCCGCCGUGUGUGGUCCGCGCUAUUCUCGAUAUCAAAGCGAUGAUAUUGAUGUUGAUUUGGAAAACAUUGUGGGCGAUCUCUUAGAGCUGGAUCCCUUGCAGUACGAUAAGGAGAAUGGCAUAGAAAAAAUAAAUUCAUGGAUCGAUGGAUCAAUCCUUCCUGUCGGUAUGCCGCCUAGUUUUGUGGCCAUAAGCCGAGCGAAAUGCAUCAAAUAUUGGCAAGUCGUACUGACAAAACCAGCUGCGAAACUAAGCGGCUCCUUCGUGAGAUUCUGCUUCGAAAAACGUCCCAACGGAGAGCUGCCUAGACUACUGAUAGAACACAAAGGAAAAUCGCUCAUUGUACGGAGUUCUGCGGGUAGGAACAGCACCAGAUCAGAUGAUCCGGAGGUGAACGUUUGA